AUGAUCACUAAGACUCACAAAGGAGACCUGGGCUUCGGGUUCCCAGAGAAAAAGAAGAAGAAAAGGAAGGUAGUUAAAGAACCAGAGACUCAAUACUCUGUUUUAAACAGUGACAAUUAUUUUGCGGAGGUUUGUCCCACAAGAGCCACAUCACCCUCGAAGAAUAUGGUCCAAGAGCAGGCACCUGAAAUGCCUCUAAUGAAUGAAAAGGAGUCCAGCACCGUCUGCGAGGAACUCCUAGAACCUGAGACCAUGUUACGUGCCAAACGGAUUGAGCCAUCGCCCAGCCCCACAAAGCAGGCACUUGGUCCAUCUGAGUCCCUCGGUAGGGAAAAGAAGAAGAAGAGAAAGUCCGUGUCCCCUGGCUCAAGGGUGAAGACCUCCACAGACCACAGGCAGGGCGAGGAGGUGACCAGAGUUGGCAAGAAGCUCAAAAAACACAAGAAGGAGAAGAAGGCACAGGAAGCUACAGCCGUCUCAGCCAGGGACCCUUGGUUCUGUGAGGCCAGGGACGCUUUGUACACUUGCUCAGUUGGGAAAGGUGGCGUCCCUGAGCAGGCAGUCUCGGGACAGAAACGGAAGCAGUGGAGCCCCAGGGAACACAACAUGAGGAUGAAGAAGAAAAAGAAAAUCCACCAGGAGGGAGAUAUCCCCCUAGGGCACCCUGAGCUCUCCAUGUCUGUGGAGAGCAGCCGUAGGAAAGGAAGUAAAAAGAAGUCAGUAAAAGUAGAAGCUCCAGAAUACACCCCAAUAGGAGAUGACCCCAAGGCCCCUGUGAAGAAGAAAAUGGAGUCCAAGAAAAAGGCAGAGCAGGCAGACACUGAGUUGCCAGCUCUAAGAAGAAGGGCAGGAGAACCUUGGGAGGAGGAGCCCGACACGGACUUGGAGGUAGUGUUGGAAAAGAAGGGCAACAUGGACGAGGCGCACAUAGACCAGGUGAGGCGAAAGGCCUUGCAAGAAGAGAUCGAUCGUGAGUUGGGGAGGACGGAAGCUUCUGACACCAGGAAGCAGACAGGAACUCAGUUUGGCCAAUGGGAUACUGCUGGCUUUGAAAAUGAGGAACAGAAACUGAAAUUUCUCAAACUCAUGGGUGGCUUUAAAAAUCUGUCCCCUUCAUUCAGUCGCCCCCCUAACAUGGUUGGCAGGCCCAACAUGGCCCUCAGCAAGAAGGUGGCCGACACCCUGCAGCAGAAUCUGCAGCAGGACUACGACUGGGCCAUGAGCUGGAAGUACAAGCAGAGGGCCAGCCUUGGCUUCUCCACGGCUCUGGACAAAAUCUUUUACAUUGACAGGAACGCAUCCGGGUCAAUCAAGUUUGAAGAUUAA